AAGUCAACGAAAUUAAUGCAACACAUGCUAAGCCUUUGCAACAGCUGAUUACUAUAAUUGUGUUAUAUUUGGGACGAAGCUGAAACUAGACUUUUUAUUAAAAAAUAAUUCAUAAUUUAAGAACCUAGUUUAAUUUUUAAACAAUAAAUCGUUUGAGCAAGACAAGUCAUUUUUUUUGUCCCUGUAUAGUUAUGGCUGGCGCAGAUGCUUCUAUUACUGGUUCUCAAAACCACGCCAUGAAUGCCGACAGUAAUAGUAAUGGGGAAGUCAAUAACAUAACAGAACCUAGCGCAAAUGCAGUAAUGGUUUGUUCACUCAAGCCAGCCGAAAUACUUGAGGAAUAUGGCUCCAACUUAAAGUUGUUGGAUUGCAACUCUCAAGUAGCCGAGCUACUAACUAUUAUCCGAGACAAGAAUACCACGCGCAGUGACUUCAAAUUUUAUGCGGAUCGUCUCAUACGAUUAGUCAUUGAAGAAUCUCUAAACCAAUUGCCAUAUUCUGAUUGUCGCGUGGAAACACCAACGGGAGCGACAUACGAUGGUCUCAAGUACCGCGCUGGAAACUGUGGUGUUUCUAUUAUACGCUCUGGCGAAGCAAUGGAGCAGGGCCUGCGCGACUGUUGCCGUUCUAUACGUAUUGGAAAAAUUUUAGUAGAAUCUGAUGCGGAUACGCAUGAAGCGCGCGUAGUAUAUGCUCGAUUUCCCGACGACAUUGCUAGUCGGCAAGUUUUACUCAUGUAUCCUAUAAUGUCGACUGGCAAUACAGUUUUGCAAGCCGUUAAUGUACUUAAAGAGCACGGUGUACCUGAGAGCUGCAUUAUAUUGUCCAAUCUUUUUUGCACUCCAAUUGCUGCUAAAACCGUAGUUGGUGCUUUUCCCAGACUGAAAAUUCUUACCUCCGAGCUGCACCCCGUUGCUCCUAAUCAUUUUGGUCAAAAAUAUUUUGGUACUGAUUAACAUUAAAUCGAGAAUAUCAGACAAUCUGAACUUUUAUUGUAUAUGAAGAAAAGGAUUUUGACCUAAACAUAUAUUUAAUUUAAAGUAAUAUUAGGUACAUUUUACUUUUUUCAUGCAUUUUAUUGACUUAAAAUGGAAGCGAUAUACUUAAAUCGUGGAUACCUAUCUUUGUGUAUUUACAAAUAUUUAUUUCAAAACUAUUUGUUCAAAAUUUAACACAACCUUAUGAAUAUUUACAUACGUACAUAUGUAGUUUAGAAUUUUAAAAUUAUAAUUCUUUGUUAUUGCAGUUGCAAUUAAGUGCUUGUUUGGCUAAGCAAAUUAUUUCGACUUUUCUGCUAAACACAAACACUUCAAUUUGUUAACUAAUUUGCAUUAUAAAUAUUAAAACAAAAGUGUAUCGUUCGACAAAUUAAUGAAAUUUGAAGUACGUCACAGAUAUUUUAUAAAGAAAAAAUAUAAUAAAUAAUAAACUGAUCCGGAUUUAUAUGCGGCCAAGAAGGACUGAA